AUGAAGCGUCCAUUUAUUGGCAUUUCGAUGCUUCUAGCGGCUAUUUUGACGCUCUCGACACUAGCAGCCAGUAUGACUAUGGAAUUGCAUCGUAUUUCCAAUGAUUUCCAUCCGGAGAAAUACGCAAGACGUUUGUAUACUCAAGAUAAAGCACCAGAAGUCGUGCCACUGCAUUUGGGACUCGGGACGCACUAUACGUGGGUGUAUGUAGGCUCACCUCCACAGCGAGCUUCAGUGAUUGUAGACACGGGCAGUUUAUUAAUGGCCUUUCCAUGCUCGGGUUGUGAUGGAUGUGGCAAUCACACUGAUCAACCUUUUCUUGCCGAUAACUCAUCAACAUUGGUCCAUGUCACAUGUUCCCAGGAAACUUUCUUUAAAUGCAAAGAUUGCCAAGAGAAAUCGAACGCGUGUGCAAUUUCCCAGUCGUAUUUGGAGGGUAGCACGUGGAGAGCUACAGUGGUCGAGGAUGUGGUGUACUUGGGAGGAGAAUCGAGCUUUCAGGACAUGGCAAUGCGUAACAAAUAUGGAACAAUUUUCCAGUUUGGUUGCCAGAGCUCAGAGACGGGAUUGUUUGUCAAGCAGGUGGCGGACGGCAUUAUGGGGUUGUCGAACUCGGAGCAUCACAUUAUAGCAAAGCUGUACCGUGAAACGAAGAUAUCGAGCAAUCUCUUCUCGCUCUGCUUUGUUGAAGACGGUGGAACUAUGUCCAUAGGUCAGCCUCACACAGUAGCACACCGAGGUAAUAUUUCGUACGUGAAAUUGAUUCCGGACCGCUCUGACGCGCAUCUCUAUAGUGUGCACAUGACGGAUGUUCGAAUAGGUGGCAAAUCCAUCAACGCCGACGAGGAGGAUUUCACUCGUGGACACUUUAUUGUGGACAGCGGAACAACCGAUUCGUAUCUUCCACUAAGGAUGAGAACUCAGUUCAUGACGUUAUUCAAGGAAAUUUCAGGCCGCGAUUACCAGACGGGCGAUUCUUGUGAAGGCUAUACGAAUGAAGAUUUGGCGUCGCUACCACCGAUCCAGCUCGUUAUGGAAGCUUACGGUGAUGAGAAGGAGGAAGUUGUUUUAAACAUUCCACCUGAGCAGUAUUUGAUGCGUACUGGUGGCCAUUUCUGUGGUAACAUUUACUUGUCGGAAAACUCUGGUGGUGUUAUUGGCGCCAGCCUUAUGAUGAACCGUGACGUAAUUUUUGACAACGGCAACCAGCGCGUGGGUUUUGUGGAUGCUGACUGCGCCUAUAAGGAGGCUCCUAAGCCAACUAUAACUCUAUCAGAUAGCAACAAAACUACAAGUAUCAGCGAAGGGAAGGAGAUGACGAAAGGUUUGGAUACAAUUGGUGUGUUACCGAGCGCCGCGCCGGCAGUUGGUGACACCUCUGCGCCAACUGCUGGCGCAUCAGAUACAAUCGCUGUUUUACCGAGCACCACGCCGGCAGUCAGUGACACCUCUGCGUCAACUGCUGGCCCAGCGCCGGCAGUCCAGUCCACAUCCGAUGUCACGUCUCCGUCGGUAGCGGAGACAAAUGUGGAACGUAUACCCGUUCCAGUUGUUUCUGACCCAACAACUACGACUGCGUCGACACCACUGACAACGACGGAUUCGGAUAUUGCAGCCCCAAAUGCUGCUCCAAGUGCUGGUGAUCCAACAAUUUCGACAAUGCCGGAGAAUAUGACGACAAUGCCUCAGUCUUUCUCUUCAGCUGAUAUGGGGGACUCAAACUCAAAGGAAAAGGUGUCCGGCACUCAUCCACUGGUGCUCACGAUUGUAGGUGCUGUCUUGGUGGUGGGUUUCCUAUUGGUGGUGCUAAUUACAGUGAGUCGACGGAGAAAAAAGACCAGUAAAGAUCAACUGUGGAGCCGCGUCAAGGGCGACGAGGAGAAUGAAGAAGAAGACGAAGACGAGGAGGAAGAGUUUGGUCUCGCUCACAAUGACGAGAAGAAACCUUCAAUGAAACAUCAGCGUGUGGAUCAGGAGGAAAAGGACGACGACGAUGCUCAUCAGCGCAGCAGCGACGAGGAAGAUGAGGUUUUUGAUCGAAAAUCCAUGCAGGACGAGUCGAAGAUUGACAACCACACGUUGUUAGACCGGCUUUGA